AUGUGCUGCGACCUCAGGAAGGCUGCUCGGAUGCUCGGUUCCCAGAGUGUAGAGGAAAAAUUCGAAGAAUGCGCAGCACUCAUCAAACGCGAUAUCGUGUUUGUUCAGAGUUUGUACACGUCAGAGUAG